CAAAAGUUCACAAGUGUUCAAUACAGCUGGCAGAAACAGAAACAAGAAAUUUUUGUCUUUGUGAGUAGUUAAGAUUCACUGGUUAAAAAAUUUAUUGAUCGAUGGCUAACACAACCAUAGCCGAAGACAGUGAUAAAGCUGGCAUCACAAUCACUAUUAUAUUUUCUAUCUACUACGGUAUUGUAUUCCUGAGUGGGUUUAUUGGUAAUGUAUUGAUAAUGGUAGCUGUAUUUAAGUUCAAACACAUGAAAAGUGUUGUGAAUGGAUUUCUAGCUAACCUAGCAUUAGCUGACAUUUUAUUUAUUUUGUUUUCGUUAUUUGACGGGUUAACUUUUCUGUUUGAUGAGUGGAGAUUCGGAGAUGCAGUAUGUCGAAUUCAAAGCACUUUUGUUGAAAUUGCAUACACGAUAUCAGUUUUGACACUUGUUGCAGUCGCUGUAGAAAGAUACGUUUCCAUAUGUUAUCCGUACAAACGAAAACGUACGUUUAAACAAAGUUUAUAUAUAUCUGCUGGGUUGUGGCUCAUCGCUUUUAUAUUUUGCUCUCCCUUGUUUUACGGCUAUUCCGUACGAUUAGAGGAGCCAUCCGGACAAAUAAAUAAAAACAAGAAAAGAAUAUGCGCAAAUGAUAACUGGUCGAACAAAUCUCGCCUCGUUUUCUACAUCAUCCAUUCUGUAUUGAUUUAUUUACUUCCAUUGACUGUCAUGUGUAUAUCGCAUUACAAAAUAUCGAAAGUUCUCAUCAGACAGAAAAUGGUUCGGUCAAGUACAUACAGUUCAGAAAGCAAACAAGAGAUAAUCUCUACAAGUAAUGGCGAUAUUAACGAGAAUAAAAGCAGCCGCACGUCGGUUAACAAGAUAGACAGUAAUAACGCUUUGUCGACUAUACAAAGAAAGCGACAACGAACUGUAAACAGAAGAGCAAAUAUUAUUAAACUGCUUAUAGUUGUGACUGCGAUAUUUUUCACGCUAUGGUCGCCAUUUAUUUUUAUUCGGCUGUUACUUUAUUUCAAGGUUCAUAUUCAUCAGAUGAUUUGGAGAGCUUCUCAGCUCCUUAUACUCGCUAAUACAGCAGUGAAUUGUGUUAUAUAUGCACUGAUUAGUCCAGCGUUCAAAAAAGCUUUUAAGUGCUUAUUUACCUGCGGUGCAAAAAGCAACUCGAUGUUAACGAUGAAUUACAGUAUAUCGAGGAGUGUAGAAUUUUCAGAAUCGAUGAGAAAGCACACGACAAUAGCUCAACCUGUACCGUAAGGAAGAAUUCAAUUGGUGAAAAAAAUUAGAUUGAUCAGAAGGUUGGAAAAACUGCUUCGAAAGAAAUUGUUGUUAUAACAAACGUAAGCUCGUAAAACAUUACUUUGUGCUGGCUCGUAAAUACGGUAAAACCGCGAUGAUUUGGUAACAUCGUUAAAACUAUAUUGGAUUGUAAAGCAAAGCAACACUUUGUUACAGUUAAAAAUAUGUUAUUUUUAACUUUUGCAAAUUACUGGUUGGAUAGCAUCAAUUUAAAAAAGUGGCUUCAUUUGCAAUUUUUUAGAAAACUUAUAACAUUUUGGAUAGAAUAACUUUCACUUACUUGACCUAUUACCUUACUUACAGAAACAAACAGAAUAAAUAUAUGACGACAAUUGAGAUAUGGAAGGAUGCAAUUUGACAUAUAAGUGACAUAACACAUCUUAUUUAUAUGUGACAGGUUUGUGUAGCUUAAUAUCUUUUAAUUUGUAAGUUAAUAACAUUGAGUACAUGACUAAUAAAAUGAAUACACGAUCACCACAA